CGGAAGCUGGGGCGUGGUGACGACGACGGGAGCAACAGAGUGCUGAAGAGUAGACGGCAGGUGGAUAAUUUACAACCUCUACGUCUUCAUGUCUCACCUGUUCAAUGUUAAAACCGACAGGUAGGUUCUCCAUCCGCAAAUGUCCCGCUUUUGUUGAAACUUCCUCGUGCGAAAUUAAAGAAUAACAACAUCAGCUCAGAGUGGACAAAAGGACACAACCACGCCGGCGUAGUCUGGGCUAAGCAGGUCACUUACUGUGAGAGGAGGAACCUUGAAGCUGCAGAAAUGUUGUCAGCAGAGGAGAUUCUGUGCAGCACACAACAGGUGAUUUCAGGGCUAGAGGCACUGAGAGAGGAGAAUUGCGGUCUUUUGGAGAACUUGCAGCAGGUGAUGGAGAGCCAAUCGACUUUGGAGACCAGCAGUGUGGAGCAGGAGAAGAGUGGCAUCAUCUGUCAGUCACUGGAGAGGAUAGAGCUGGGGCUGAGUGAAGCUCAGGUGAUGAUGGCAUUGUCAGCUCACCUGGGAUCAUUGGAGGCGGAGAAACAGAAGCUGCGAGCUCAGGUGCGCCGUCUCUGUCAGGAGAACCAGUGGUUAAGGGACGAGUUGGCCAGAGCUCAGCAACGGCUGCAAGACAGGGAACAGGUGGUGGUCACCCUGGAGGAGCAGAAUAGGCACCUGCAAUUCAUGUCCUCCAUACGCAAAUAUGACCAGGAUGAACCGCAGCAGGAUGAUAAAGACACAUCCUCCAACAAGGGGUCUCUGGAUGAUCUCUUUCCUACCGCAGAGGAAGAACAGUCACAGAUGUCCCAGCCUCACCACAGUAGUGCAGCAGCUGCAGCUCAGCAGGGUGGCUACGAGAUCCCUGCCCGCCUUCGAACGCUCCACAACCUUGUUAUCCAGUACGCAUCACAGGGACGAUAUGAAGUUGCUGUGCCUCUUUGCAAACAGGCCUUGGAAGAUCUGGAGAAGUCUUCAGGGCAUACACACCCUGAUGUAGCCACAAUGCUGAAUAUACUGGCGUUGGUGUACAGAGACCAGAAUAAAUACAAAGAAGCAGCCAACCUGUUAAACGAUGCAUUGGAAAUCCGGGAGAAAACCCUUGGGAUGGACCAUCCAGCUGUGGCAGCAACGCUUAACAACCUGGCAGUGCUUUAUGGGAAAAGAGGAAAAUACAAGGAAGCAGAGCCGCUGUGUAAAAGAGCUCUGGAGAUUAGAGAGAAGGUCCUGGGUACAGACCACCCAGAUGUGGCCAAGCAGCUCAACAACCUGGCUCUGCUGUGUCAAAACCAGGGGAAGUACCAGGAGGUGGAGCAGUACUAUGAACGCGCUCUGCACAUCUAUCAGAGCAAGCUGGGACCAGACGAUGCAAAUGUAGCCAAGACAAAGAACAACCUGGCAUCAUGCUACCUGAAGCAGGGGAAAUACAGACAAGCUGAGGCUCUUUACAAAGAGAUACUGACCAGAGCACAUGAAAAGGAGUUUGGAUCUGUAGAAGGUGACGGUCGUCCGAGUUGGUCUGAAGGUGAUGAUGGAUGUUCCAGACAGGACGGACUCGGUAGCCUGAAACGCAGCGGUUCCUUUACCAAACUGAGAGAGUCGAUACGCCGAAGUAGUGAGAAACUGGUCCGCAAGCUGAGAGGAGUCGAAAUGGAGGAAACGACCCCAAGGAAUGCUGGAAUGAAGAGGGCAAACUCACUGAAUGUGCUGAAUGUUGGAGCCAGAGACAAUCAAGAUGGCACUCAGUCGAGCCGUUUGACAGAAAAUCGUGGCCUGAGCUCCAGCACACAGAGCCUGACGAGACGAGGUUCACUCGGUGGUACAAGCUAACACACACACACUUCUGUUUCUGUGAGGACACUGAUUUACGAAACGCAUUCCUGAGCUUAAAACAAAUUCACCACCACAAACAGCUGAGUGCAAGUUUUCAGAAAUUCCAAUUGGGCCACAUAACUCUUAGGUUUAGGAAUAACUGAACUAGAGAAAGCCAAUCAGUUUCCCGCAGUGUCAACGCACUCAAAAAAGAUAAUAAUGGGACCAUAACCUCAAUCUCCAGAAAAUGUUGUCAAAAUCUUAGCAUUAAGGAAAAAAGCACUUAAAUGUAAACACAAAUCAGGCCUUAUUAUUUACAGGUUACCUAAAGUUAACAGUAAUGCAUUAUAAAAUGUAUGUCCCUCGUGCUAUUAUACCACUUGGGUACAUUAAUUAACAACACUAAAAUUAUAUAAUUUAUAAUAAAGAUUUGGCAUAUCGACAGCACAGAUUAUCUUUUUAAGAACAUGUUGUAAAUUAAUUUUUGUUGGCACACAGAUUUUUUUUUUACAUGAUAUUCAAAAAUAUGUACGAAAAUGUAAAGGUUACAUUUGGUAUCAAGGUAAAAAUGUUUGUUUUUUUGCCCUUAAAAUGUGUAGGUCAAUUAAUUUAAUAUUUCCAUAUAGUUUGCACCAAAGUCCAUUUAUGUCAUUCCAUUUUAUGAAAAUAUUUUUGUUAUAAAAAAGUUAAAAAGAAAAGAAAAAACAACACCACCAGCUCUACAAAAAAAUGGCUAUUUUGUCAAUAAUACCUGAAAAUAUUUAGUGACGUCCAAAAAACUAUGAUCUAUAUGAUCUUUUUUUCUAAAUUUACAUAUUAAAUAAUUAAAGAUAUAUUGAUGUCUAAAAUUAUUGCUGUGUGCCUGAGAAAAUGCUUUGGAUUGAUGUGAAAAAACUCACUUAAAGUAAUCAUCAGUAUGUUUAAUAUUACUCGACAACACAAGCUUAGACAGACCACACAGAUGCUACCUGCUCAGAGCCAAAAGCAGGAAUGGGAACACGGUUAGUGGUUAACCUGUGAAGGAUGUCAAAACAAUUAGCAGCUAAAGGGUCAAGUGGAGUUAGGAGAUUACGGAGAUGGAAAUCCCAGGUGUAGAUAAACUUUUUUGGAGUUUGUCUUUCCCUUGAAAGAAGCUUUAACAUUAACCAAAUAAAGAUCAACUGAGGCAUACCCAAGUAUAAUUUUAACCAUUAUCACUGUUUCUUUUGGACACAGGCACCAAAAAGACAUUUCAAUAUAAUUCAUUUUAUGUUAAUAUUGUCAACUUGAUAGCAAACAGUUUGUUUGUGUACAUAUUUAAUGUUAAUAUUUGCUCAGUUUUUGGUGUCAAUCAUCGCCUGAGGAAACAUGAUUGUAUUCACUAAUGGCACUUUUGUACUAUAUAGUUCCAGCAUGACUCAGGUCAGCACGGCACGAUCCUACUUGUUUGGUAUUGUUUUCCAUUACUAUAGUUCCUCCUCAACGGGGGCGGACUCAUUGUAGCACAGCUGCAUGAAACUGACGUGACAUUGUUUUAUACGCAACACAAACACAGUUGUUUUCGACAUAAUGAAUCAUUAGAAUCAGUUAAUUAAAAAGAUUAAUUCAGCACUUCCAGCAUGACCGGGGGGCAGACUGCGUCCGAUACAGUCACUGAGCUGAAAUAGGUUGUGAAUCAUUUCCAGAUCGCCGCUUUUAAGCUGUGCUGUCGCUAAAUACACCAGACUCCUCUGGUAAAUAUUGAGAUUUUAGUCACAUCUUCAGGUCUUUUUAACUGCAUCUACAGUUCGGCAUUGUUUGGUUCGAUUCAUUACUGGUAGCAGGUACUAUCGCAAAUGGAAAGGUGAGUAAAGUCGAGUCGUGCUGGAACUGUGUAGUGGAAAGCGCUACAACUUGUCUUUAAGACUAUCACAUCACCAGGCUGAAGCAAUUUGUGUCGCUUCAGUAUGUGGUCCUAGAUCAGAUAUCUAUCCAAUAGGUGUCCAUGUGAUUAGAUAUAAGUGAGAAGAUUCAUAUCAGUAACCAUGCAGGUUUUUAGUGUAGCUUAUAGCUUUUUUGUUGAAAAUUGCUGCUGUGGCUGAAAUAAAAGCCAUGAGAGCGUUAGAAAAUGACAGCUACACAAUGAGCUGAAAGAGCUGAAGCUCUUAAGACUGUGAUGGCUGCAGAUUAUGGUGAUAAUUCUAAGUAGCAGUGAUCAUAGCCACUUUGAAUACGUCUUGAAUUUUUCAUCUAUCCUAAAGCAUGCUUAUUCACUCAAAUGCCUGAAAUCCACAAUGCAUCAAGUCACUAUUAUAAAUUGUAGAAUAGCUUUUAAUAUCGUCGAUUUCAGUUGUACUUUUAUUUUUGUGAUAGAAUUAAUUACUUCUUGAAGUAGUUAUUUAAGAAUUGCAAGAUUGUGUAUCAUUACAUCACUUGUGAUGUCAUGCUCUUACUUCAACUCACUAAUUUAACACUCGAGGAAUGAUAAAGUAUGAUAACAAUGCAAAUAAAUGCUGCUCAGAUAUCUUGGCUCCCUGAAAACGACAUCACCUCUGCUGUUCUUCACUACCAUUUGUUUUUGCCCAUUCAAAUAUACCCUUAACUCUAUUUUUCCCAUCGUGGCAAACUACUGAUCAUACAUUUGUGGUCGUAGAAGAGAUGUUUUAUAAGGAACGACACCACACAGUUACUAUAAAAAUUAUAUUUUACACACAUGCUCUAUAAAGCACUUAUGAUUGUUUUAUGCAAACUGGGAAAAAUAUGUAGAAGAUGGACCAUAUUUGUUUUUAUACCUGCAAACUUGAACUGAAAUAAAGUUACAACAAGUAUGUUUCAGAGUUGAAAUGUUGACAAGUGAAUGUCAUUUAUUUUUGUUCUACUAAUAUUUGCCCUAGGCUUGAUUUUGUUGGAUGGAAUUCACAACAAGAUUCAAACAAAAGUCAGGUGUUAAUACAUGUACAGUAUAUUGCAGCCUCCAGGUGAAAAAACACACAAAAAUAUCCAUGUUCACUAUAAAAUGUACAGUUGCAGUAGUAAACAGCAGUCAUGUCUGUAUGACAGACAUUAAAUUAAUAUUACACACAGGUGGCAUAAUAUUUCUGUUGUUAAUGCAAUGUUUUGACACUGAUGAAUUAUUGAUUUUAAUUAUUUUCAACACUUAUGCAGGUUUGUUUGGUUUUAAACACAGGAAGUAAGUAACAGUUUGUGCAGCAUAACUGAAAGAAUUCAAUGUGUAAUACUGAAUAUCAUACAGAGCAUACAAAAUGUUGAGCCCAUACAAAACCCUUCCUUCCUCUACUUGUCGUGUGGUGUCCUUUACUAACAACAGCUGCUCACUAUGUGCAUCGGGGAGAAAGAAAUAAAGAUGGGUUUAAGAAUA